AUGAAAGACAUGAAUUACGGUUAUCAUCAUGGAUAUAUGAAUGCUAUGCACCAACCGUCAUCCUACAGUUGGUUAAGAAAAGUGAGUAAUGAAACCGUCGGUGAUGGAUUACACAACCGAUAUUUCAUCCCACCAAGAUUAAGUAAUCUUGACUCGAAUCCUGCUCCUGCUACUUCAGCUGGUGGUUGCCAGUCAGACAGACUUACAUCGACACAGAAUAUCUCUUCAGCCCUAUUGUCAAAAGCUAGAAGACGUCAGAUUGAAGGUAGAUCUUCGUCAGUAGCUAAUGAUGCAGAUGAUGCUGAGAGGAUUUAUGGUAUUGUCCCACUAUCACCAUCCUACUUAUAUCAUCAAUUUAUGCCUUCGAAUGGAGUGAUGCUCAAGGGUAUGUCAAGCAGUAGUCGAAGUAAUCAAGACGGUGGAGAGUUAAAUCUUCCAGGGACUAUAAGUGCACCGCCUGGGACACCAAUCAAGUUGCCGUAUGCUCCACCGGCUAGUUUAAUUGGUACAACGUCAGGAUUUAGUUGUCCAGAUUCAGGAUCACAGAUAAUCAAUGGUGGAG